GGACCCCAGGGGAAGUGCUUUUGGAAGAUGAAGCUGACCAUAUAGAAAUGUCUCAAGUUAUAAAUGAUGAGGAAAGUUCACCUGAAAAGCAAGUUGAGUAUGAUCUAGGGGGUAUGGAUACUUCAUGGAACAGCUCUCAGUGGGUUGAUGUCGCAUACGAGGACCAAUCAGAUGAUGAUAUUCCUCAGUUUGACGGACCUCCUGAUCCUAAACUAGGUCCGUUUAAGAAGAGACUAGAUAUAGAUCCGAUAUUAACGCACACUCGCCCUGGCACAAACAAUCGUCUUGAUCACACAAUGGAACUCUCUGAUAUCACAGAUUCUGACGAGGAACCGGCAAGUGACACGGUAACAACGCACCAAAGUACUAGACAUAUAGGCAAUCCGAAUAGCCAACAAAACCGAGGUCAUCAUGCAAUAAGUGGGGCUUCAAAUUCCUUCAACAAUCCCCAUAGUGCAAUAUCUGGAUAUAAUACACAUAUCGGGCAGCAUGUUUCCCAAGGACAAAAUAGUUCAGGUGCUAGUGGUCACCACAGUUCACUAAAUGUCCAUAGAGACAGUGAUCUUACUUCCCCUCAUGGACGCAAUAUUUCUACGGGUAUUCAAAACUCAUCAAGUUCUGAUCAGGGCUUAGUGGGUGCUCAAAACUCGCCUCAUGGACACAAUCGAUUAACUCUUGGCAACCAGAAUUCACCAGGUGCUUGUCAGGUUAAUAGCAGGCCUAGUAGCAUACAUAAGACUUCAGUCACCCCACCUAGGACUUCAGUCACCCCACCUAGGAAUUUGGUUGCCCCAUCUAGGGCAUCAGUCACACCACCUAGGGCUUCAUUCACCCCACCUAGAAGUAAAACUCCACCUACUCCUGGUGAAACCAAACUCCUCGCUGGGAUUCAAAAAUUAAAAAGUGUCCUCAAAACCCCGCCUAGAAAUGAAAAUAAUUGUAAUACCGAUAACAUAAGUAAAACUAAAAAUUCAGUUGCAACCGAGGUGCUGGAUAAUAGAUGUGCAAUGGAAAAAAUGGAUCAUUCAGGGUCAUCACAAGAAGCCAAUGUAAAUGAGGCUAAUACACCAGUUGAUUCAAGUCUUAGUGCAGCUAACCCCAGGGGAUCUUCCUCUAACAAGGGCUCUAACAACUCAAAAGAGCCUCCCCAGGACCACAAAGCUUCAUAUAAUGACAAACCUGACAAUGGUAGGCCAAAGGGUAAUAAUGAUAAACUGGAGGAAAGUAGUCCUAAUGAUGGGCUAUCAACUGCUAAGCCUCAUGAACCACAAAGUGAGGAGUCUGGUGAUACGAGUAUGGAUAAUGAUAAUUCUUUUAAGACAGGAAACGAUGAAUCUGCUGAGAAACGUCAAGUAGAAUAUAUAGAUAUAACCCAAGACUUUGGAGAUUUACCCUCAAUUAACCUCCCCCAGCCAUCUUCAUCAACAAAUCAACAGCUAUCGCCUCAUCAACAACCAUCAUUCUCCGCACGUCAACAUAAACAUCGGCAUAAUCCUACUUGCCCAAUUCAUGGUCAUCAACGUCAUAGAGCAUCGCAUCACCAUCCCAACAAUCUAAAAAGGAGGUCAAGUCAGUCCUCUAACCAGUCUGAAAUCAUUGUCCUCACUGAAUCAGAUACUGAGAAACUUUUAACAAAACCUAAUGUAGACACUGCAAAGCAUAAAAAUGAUAAGAAAGAUGUGCCAGUAGAUAGUAUAGAUGAAAGGGUAAAAACUGAUACCAAGCCAGUUCAAGAGAUUAGUAGGCAAAAAAACACUAUUAUAAACAUGACGCUCACACGUCCUUCUGGAAGCAAAGUGAAUCUGCCACCUAUAACCAUCAUACCAUUUGGUGAAAAGAAGCAUAAAGCAAAACGGCCAAAAAAACUUACUCAGUCAAAAAAGCGUAAAAUCAAAGUAGACCUCAAAGAAUUAAAAAAAUUACGCUGUUAUAAACCAUGUCAUUUGAGGAGAUAUGGUAAAUUUUGUGGAAUCAGAAAAAAAUUUGUGAAGUUGUAUGAUAUCAGAAAGAAUGGUCAGUUUUCUUUAAGUGAAAUAGUUGAACAGCAUAAUUUACAAACUAUUGAUUUAACAGUGCCUGACAUCAGUGACAUUGACAUUGAAGCUCUCGAAUAUGGAAUCUUAGGUAUAGAGCCAUUGAUAAAGCCACACAGUCCCAAAAGCCCCAGGAGCUUACAGUUCUUUGGUAAAAGAAAGCGCCAUGGAUCACCCCGACCAAACUUUCAACCAAAAGUGAAAAGGAAAAUAUACCCCAAGAGCAUACAGAAGAGGCUCAAUGUACCAAAUGGCCCGAAUGAGUCUCAGAAAGGGUUAGGGCAGGUUCCCCCUCUUAUAUCUCCAACUGAGAUCUCAACAAUGAAGCCAAGUCACCCAAUCAAUGCAGUAGAGGUAGAUGUCAUCUUCGAUGAACCACCACCUAUAUUAAAACCAUUCCACAUAGAAUAUGGCUCAUCAUCAUCAAGUGAGGCCACCGAAAUAGAUGAAAAGGAAAGAAAACAUAUCAAACGCCGCAAGAGUCGUCAACCUCCAGUUUUGCACGCACAAGCAUUGGGAGCUAAGUCACCAAGGCAACCAAGACAGAGGUCACCAAGGUCAAUCAGGCCAAUUAAAGCUCAGAACAUUUCAAAGCUGACAAUAUCAAAUUCUUCAAGAAAGAAGAAACAUGUAGGAAUAAAGAAAUUGAAUGAAAUCAAAAAGGAUCUCCAUGAAAAGCCCCUUCUGUUAAAGCAGAAUAAUUUGCUUGAUGAAGAACCUUCAACAGAAAAACAUCCAAAUGUUGUUUUGGGUGCAACUGACACCAAAAAGGACACUCUACCAGAUAUACCAAAUGUGAUAGAUGAUGUUGAAAGAGUAUUUGGACCACAGAUAAUUGAGACAUCUGAGAAGUCCCAAGACCACACAAGUGAUAAAAGCCGCGGAUCAUCCCCAGAUUUUGAUGAAAAAAUUCUACUGAAAAGCAGUAAAACCUACUCUAAGUGGGAUAAGUUUACAAGAAAUAAAACUGAUGAUGUUGAAGAGAUUCUAAAUAAGUAUGAAACUCAGCCUGUCAGUGAAGGUGCUCCUAAGGUUGCUUCAGAUGGUAUUGAGAUUGAAGAUGGCCUACAUGGGAAUGUACAAGCUGUAGCUGUGGAUAGCGAUGAUUCUGAUUCACCUGUUGGUUUGAUCUACUUCCGUGCUGAAUCGCCAGGUCGCUGUAGUGAUACUGCUCAAUCUAGUUGUAAAUCUCCUGCAUAUAAAUCAUCAACACCAAGAGGAAGUUCCCCAUACCCUUACUUGUCUCAAAUAGAAGGUCACCAGGAGCAUAAUAAACCAACUGAGUCAGAUAUUGUGAAAGAUGAUUGUAAAGACUCAAAGGAUAAACCAGGUGCUAAGUUUUCUACUUUAGUAAGCACUAAGGAUGCAACACCACCAUUAAUAGAUCCAAAGAAAUCACCCGUUGUCGCUCUUAAGAAAUUAAACCUCCAAGCUGAAAAACUAAUAAAAUAUGCAAAAACUGACUCAGAAUAUGAAAGUGAUUUCUUGAAUAGAGAGUUAAGUAUUGACAAAGAUAGUUCCAAUGUCAGCGAUCUUGAUACUUAUGUGGAUCAAACUGGCUGUGAUGACACUGUUCUGUCAGCAAUACCAAAGGAAUCUUCACCAGAAAAGGUGUCUCAACAGAAAACCUCUACUACUCCAACAACAGGCUCUCAACAUGUUGCAGCUGACCAAGUAAGAGGGCGAAGAUCACAGAGAACCCCAACUACCUCACCUGCUGAAAACCCAUAUCUUAAACCUAGACUCUCAUAUAGAUCAUCAAACUCUCCUAGGGCAAGAGGCCUCCCUGAGAAAAAACCAAAGGUUAAAUCAAGGAGUCCUGGAAGACGAACAAUUGCUGCUCCUAUCAAGACAUAUCCUCUUAGAGGAAAGCCAGAUUCUGAAGUUAAGCCUCUUACCUCUCUUCAAAUCAGCAAGACCAGUCCAAACAACAAAGAAAAGGGUAAUGUCACGGUUGCUGAGAAGGUAGAAUCAAUCAUGUCACCAAUGGAUAGAAAGAAACAAAUUCUCAGAUAUCUAAAGGAGAAUCCUCCCGAGGAACCAUCAAAGUUAAAUACAGAAAAACCCACCAAUAACAGGGUAAACAAUAAACCUACAGUAGAGCCUGGAAAUACUGUUCCAGCAGUGAGCAAUGAAGUUGGAGCAGAUUCUCCGAUUAAAGAAUCUCAGCCACUGGAGAGGUCGUAUAUAAAAGCAUCAGAAGGGUUUGAUAAAGACACACAAGAUAAUGUACAACCCCAUAACAAAUCCCCCGAAGAUGAUGCUAAUGAAGAUACCAUUGAACCAUUCCUACAGUCAAUGGGACUUUGUAGAAAGAAUAGUAGUGAUUCAAACUCUGAUACAAAUGGCCCAACUACAAAUGUUGCAACAAGAACCAAGAUGAGGACAAGGCUAUCCUUGCAGAAGAAAAAGGACCAGUUGAUGAAACAAAGGAGCAUAGAUGCAUUAGAGGCUGCAGAGAGGCAGAGCCCAUUGGCGAGGACAGUAUUAAAUGUUCCUCAAGUGCAGAGACUUGGUGUACCACAGAAACUUCUAGAUGAUGCUUAUUCAGAUUCAACCUCUCAGAGUGUGUUGGUUGAGGAAGAUGACGAUCCUAAAGACAGACACAACUCUCCAGUAAAAGAGGUUGAUGAACCUGUCAGUGCUGUCACAGAUGAAAGUACAGAACAAGCUUUACCACCUAAUGAAACUCUAGAAACUGUGAAUGAAUUAAAACAGGAGAUUAAUGUGAAGGAUAACAUUGCUAAUGAUGAAACUUUGCCAUCUGUUGAGGUUAAUGUGAAAGAUAAUGUUGGUACUGAUGAAACCCAAGCCUCUAUUGAUGAAGUCAAUAAUGCUUCUAAUGAUAACCAACAAGUGCAGUGUUCCACAAAUGAGGACAAUGUGCCAAUGAGUAGUGAUAAGAGCCUUAGUCAAGUGCCACAUGCAGACACCAUUAAUGAUUUACAUGUAAACAGCAAUAUUGAAGACGAUGAAAACGUCAGCAUCGAGUCGACUAGUCAGGAAGAAACAAAGAAUGAUAAUACUGCUGAAACAUUAGGGAACAACAAGGAAGAGGCAAAUAACAAAGAUGGAGAAUCUGUAAGUGAACCUUGUUCGUCUGCUGAUAUUUCAAAUAAGAAACUAUUAUUACCUGCUGAACCAAAUACAGAUGAAGAUACUCUUACAAAAGAAAAUAUUGUAGAAUCCAGUAUUGUCAAAAUUCAAAUUGAAUCACAUGUUGGAGAAACUGAAGCAUCAAAUCUUUUAGAAACAAAUGCUGAGAAGGAAAUGGUUACAGAAGAAUGUGUUACAAAGGCUGAUAAAAGUUCUACUAGUGAGUCUGAGCAGAUUGAUAUUAAGAAAAGUGAAAAAACUGAGAAACCUAUCCAACUCGAAGAGAUAUAUGAUACUGUCAAAGAAACCCUAUCAACUGAAAAGAAGGAACAUAUUAAAACUGCCAAUUCCAAAGAACAAUCACAGUCCAUCCCUGAUGCAACAACAAAAGAAGAUCUCAAACUCAAAAGAUCAAAACCCAAAAGUAGGUCAAGGAAAUCUAGCGCUGAUUAUGAAAAUGAUGAUAUAAUUAAGCACAUAGUUAACUUAAACAGAGAGACUGGGAUGGUACCCAUUGAGAGCAGUGAUGAUCUGGAGUCUGCAUCAGAGAGUAAAGAUGAAACAGAACAAGAUGAAAUCUCUGAAAAAGAAGAAGGAAGGCAACCCUUAAAAUAUGAUUCUUCUGUUGAAGCUUCAAAACAUGCAGAGAUUGAAGUGACAAGAGAGAGAACUAAUCAACCGUUAAUUGAAGAAAAUGUUGAAUCUGCUGUCAUGAAAACUAUAAAUCCUUUGAUGAAAAGUUCUGUAGAAUCGUCCACACAAAUAACUGUACAGACAAUGGAAGAUUGUAGUGAUCAUUCAACACAUAAUAUUGAAUCGACAGUGGAGUUCUCUGAUGUGCAUGUAGCUGAAUCUUCAACUGUAUCUCAAUUUAAAGAACCCACCAGCUUUCAAAUGGGUGAUGAUGAAGAAAAGGCAGAGACAAGUCCUCAAAGUCUUGAAUCUCUUUCCAACAUAGUACCUGUCGAAACUGGAUUAGCUAGCAAAAUGUUCAGUGCCUCAGAAGUGCAGGAAACUGAAAAUGUUCCUUUCAAAGAUGACAGCAAUGCCUCUAACCCACAAAUUACUUCCCGAGAGAAAGCAAAUGAAUUGAUAUUUGAUGUUAUCAAAUCUUGUGGUACACACUCCGAAGUGGAUGAAACAUGUGAUAAACUAUCUGAUGAAAAUAAGGCCUGUGAUACACAGUCCAAAAGUGAUGAACCAUAUGAUACACCAUCUAAUGAAGAUGAGCCAUGUGAUGCAGACAUAAAGGAUAGUGAAUCUUGUGAGACUGAGUCUAAAGAGAAUGAAGAUGCAGAUUCUGAACAAUCUAGCGGGGGGCUAGUAGGAAUUACAGCAGAAUCUUUAACUGAUGAAGCUCUGGAAAAUGAAGAACCAAUCUGCUUGACCAACACAGAUGUUCAAAUGUCAUCAAACAAUGAUCAGCAUUUAGAGUCUGGAGAUAUAACUCUAGAAAAUAAAGACCAAAACAUUGAUACUGUUGAUAGUGACACAGCUGAAAUGCCUGAUUGUGCAUCACAAGGAAUUUCUGCAUGUGAUUAUAAAUUAGAAUCGGCUGUCAUAGUGGAAAAGAAAGAAGAACCUGUAAUAGAUGGUCCAGAAAAGCUAAAUAUGUCAUCCCAGAUGGUUAUUGAACAUGGCAGUAAAGAGUCUUCUCAAAUUGAAUCUUUGAACCAAAAUGAAGGAUUACCAGAUGAAACAUCAACAGAUAUAUUACGAGAUGGUACUGUUAAUCAACCCAAUAUUUUAAUAGAUCAACCAGAAAUUGAUAUCGCUACCCCUGAACAGUCAAAACCUUCUAGAGAUGAAUCUGACACAGUUCACACUCUUAGCGAAGUUGCAGGAAGUGUUGAAGAGAGGGUUGCUCAACAAGAAAGUUCACAAUCAAAGGCUAGAAAGGAGGUAUUUGCCUUAAUUGAUUACUCAGAUAGUGAGGAGGACAGAGAAGGUGAUAGUGAAGACAAUGAUCAUAUGCAAACUAAAGUCGGAUCUCAACACCAAUUAUCAUCCACAAUUGUUCAAAAUGCUGAAGUUGCAUCUGAAAUGGAUUCUACUGAUACAGUUGCAAAGGCAGUAGCUCAACAUCAAAGUGUUAUUGAAGAUCAGGAGAAAUGUGUUGAUGAUAAUGAAGAGGGCCCGCAUACUACACCAGACAUUGCUGACCAAGAUAUUGUGUUUCAAACGAUAAAUACAUCCAAUGUGAUACAAGUAGAAAGUGAUGUCACAAUGACGCAGAAUCAAGAAGAUGCAGCAAUCAAUGAAGAAAAAACAAUAGAAGAAGCAAUUGCAGUCUGUGGUAUUAACGACAAUUCAAUGUUAUUAAAAGAAACUGAACCAUCAGAAAUAGCACAAAUUAAUACGAGUGGAGUUUCAGAUGAGACACCACAAGAUGAAGAUGAUGCUGAAGAGAAUGAAGAUGAUGAUCCAGAAGAUGAAGAAAACAGAGAUGAUAAUAAUGAUAGAGAUGACGAGGAUGAUGAUGACAGUGGUUUCCCGGGUGGUGCUCUUGGAGACAACAACAAUGAUGAUAUGAUAUUUGAGGAUGAUGGAAAUGAGGACUUUGCUGAUGAUAUUGAAGAUGGAAGCCAUGCUGGUAGUGAUAACAUUGCUGAUCAAAAUGAACUUCACAAUGAUGUGGUUAGUGUUUCUUCUGGUGGUUCGCCGUCACAAGUGGAUGGCCCUCCAACUGCAAGUCCAUACAAGAACAAGAAAUGUAUCAUAGCUGAAAAUCACAUCAUAAGUGAACAUGCUGAAACUCUGGAAACUCCUUUACUGGAAAUGUCGUGUAGAUCUGAUGAUGAAGACUCAGAAAUGACUCACAGUUUGGCAUACACACUUCUUACACCUAAAGUCACCAACAAAGCAAGCUACCCUGAGAUGGAAAAACAUGUGAUUUCUAUGAUUGAGGAACCAGUACCCAAUAUCUCAAGUCUUGUUGACAUGGAUGUCAAGGUCCCUAUGCAUUACUAUAAAAGCACAAACAUAGCGCGAACCUUGAACACCACUGAAAUACAUGAAGUGAUCCAUAGUGUUAAAGUAGAUGAGAGACUGAAUCAGCGAUUUGAUAUGGACAAAAUAGGACAUGAGCGACUGCAACUAAAGAAACUAAGGAAGUGUGAUAUAUCUUGGCAUAGGUAUGCAUUAAAGAGAUACCGCCAUAAGAAGGCUUCUCCCCCAUCUGCUCAUGUAAGUCCAAAAAAUAACAGUAUUCAAAUGGCAAAUACAUCAUCCCCUUUUAAAUAUAAAAUUUCAUCAUCUGAUCCUAAUAGCCCUAUCAAAUGUAGUAUUGCAGAUAGCUCAGUCAGUUGUACUAUACCAAAUGGAGACAUGGUUUCAUCGAAGAUGUCAAAUAACAGAGAUGAAUCAAUGACAUGUAGAGCUAGGAUGGCUAGAUCACCAACAGACAAUGCUAGCCUUGGUGUAUGUAAAGAUCAUAGCAUAAAAGCUCAAAACACGUCACCAUUGAAGAAUACACCACUAAAUGAGAAUCUGAUAGGCCAAGGCACAAACAUUUCUUCUGAUCUUAAGACUAAUGAUGUACAAGAGAAUAGUGAUAAAGAUAUAUCUCCACCAAUACUCAUUAGAUACGAAGAUGAAAAUGGUGAACAUACUUGCAAUACUGCUGACACAGAGAAUUCUUACAAGUAUGUUGAUAAAGAAAAAUUCUCAGGUGCCAAAGGUAGGCAAAUUGAUAAUCAUAAAGCGAAGACAAAAUAUGUAGAUAUUGAAGUUCAGAGUGGUAAAAAUUGUGGGACAGGGGUACAAAAAAAGAAAACUGAGACACAAUCUGAAAAGAAAAAGGUGUCUAAAUAUAUUGACAUUGAUGACAGAACUGAACGCUUAUACAAGGAAAAGAAACAACUUCCAAAAUACAUUGAUAUUGAUCAAAAAGCUGAAAAGUUAUACAAAGAAAAGAAAAAGCUACCGAAAUAUAUAAGCAUAAGUGAUAGUGAUGAGCAACUCCACAAAGUAAAAAAGCAGCUUCCUAAUUCCAGGGAUAUAAAUGAAGAGAUACAGAAUGAUGGCCGACGAUUAGAAAAUGGCAGGAUUGAACAUAAUACACCACUUCAUCUUGACAUUGCAUGUGCUAAUAACUACUCUGGAAUGGGAAAGUCAGUUAGCCUGAAUGGCAAGACCUGUAAUCUUCUCAAGGUAAAGCAAGCAUUAGGGGCAAUAACAAACACUCAGAAAAGUCCUAAAGGUACAUCCGGUGGAACAAGCCCAGGUAGAAGUCCGGGGAAACAGGAGAGUGUGUACUACCAUAAGAAUGUUUUUGAUCACCUUAUCAACGGUAUAUCACAGAUUCAAUGUGUUAAUACCAAUGAAAAAGCUCCAGUUGAUUUACCUCCAAAACAAACACCCCCUGUUGGUGUUAAGCCUAACAAAACAUCACUUAAAGAUGCUCUAAAAGCUAAACUGAAAGACAUGCUGAACAUAGAAACAGCUAAAGUAAGCAACACAUUAGUGAUGGAUUCUGACAGAGAUGGUGACAAAUUGAUCAUUCAUGAUGUCAAUCUUGGAAGUAGUCGACCUGAGUCUCAGUCUGAUUCUACCCUUAAUGAGAGCCAGAGUGACAUUGAUCAACACAUAGAACGUCUCAACGGGGAACUUGAAAUAUAUCCCAGCUUUGGGAAUGUGACUACUUCUGGGGACCCUAUUCCCCCAACAGCUUCUACCUUAAUGGAUUCACAAUCUGGUAAUUUUAAUUCUGCUGUACAAACAAAGGAAGAUGAAUCUGGGAAGAAAUUGAGUAAAACUAUGCUUGGGUACAUUUCUGAUAUUUCUGACUCUGAGAGCACAUUGGAGAAACAAGGACCCAUUACACUUAAAGAUGAUGCAGAUUUGCACCUUAAGACAUCUGAAAGUACUGAUAAUUCAAACAUUGAACACCCUCAAGUAGAACCAGAAGAUUCUGGAGUAAAUGUUGACACAUCUGGUUAUCAGGUUGACACACAUUUUGACACGCUAACUGGCUCACAUUCUGACACAUGUGUCAUAGAACAACCAGAGAAUUGUUUCCUAAACAAGUCCGAUGGCAGCGAUCAAAAGGGAUCUCUUAGUGAUAUUGACAGAAAAACUGUUUCUUCGACAAAAGAAAAAACCUUCCAGAAAAAAAUGUACAAAAGCAUUUUGAAUGAGAAACACAGCAAAAUGUUGCUGACAUUGCAUGCUGUUCAUGACUCGACAAGUGACUCUGAAAUUGAAAAUUAUUCUCGAAAAAGGAAAAGUUGUAAAAGAAAGGGAGAGAAGGAGAGAUCUAGUCAUAUUUCUCAGCGAAAGAAGAGAAGUAGUGUUGACUACAGUUCAGGGGUUUAUAACCGUUUGAUAGAAGAAAAUGUUGACAUUAGAGCUAAAUCUCUUAAACGAUCAAAGUCACAUGGUGAUUCUACAAAAUUCUCGACCCAGAUGCUAUUGGAUAUGGGUUUAAGACCACUUGUCCCUGUCAUCAAGAGGCUAAAACUUGACAAACCAUCUAUUAAACUCGCUGAGUUCUAUAAACAAACGAAGCAAGACUUUGUAGUAGAACCA